AUGGCAUAUGUCAAAACGUCAAGUCAAAGAAAUACUCUGAAUGACGAUUCAGCGGGAGACUACGGCAGUAUAAAGCGUACUGACAACAAAGCCGACAUUUCUUCCAUGACGACGCCUCGAAGAGCACUUGAAGAUGUGAAAAAUGUUGCAUCAGGCGCCUUUAAGACGCCCUCUACGUUCAAGAAACCCUAUGGGGUACUUGGUAGUGUGGUCAGGAGGCCUGUGCCUUUUAAUAUCUCAGAAGAUCUUUUGAAAUCAAAUCAGGGAACUAGUCUUCAGCAGUUGAGCUCGAGUGACAGGCAGUUCUAUAUGAUUGAUCCAGAUGCCCCAGCGGAAACGUUUAAUUACAGAGAAACUUCAGAAAGGUUUGAAGAACUAGUUCCUGAUCCAGAACGGAGAAUUGAAAUUGAUCAUUUAUUUUUCAACAUAAUAAGUAAUCGCAGUUUUGUCCGUCAGCUAUUUACUGAUAUAGUUUCUGAUGAGCAGUUUGAAGAAAUUGAAAGAGAUGCUUUGCUGCCUGAGGAAGAGUUUUUGAAAAAAAUUUCUGAUUUAACUUCGAAUGUGAGCGUCAAAGUUACAACUGCGGAGUCUGAUUAG